GCACCAUCAGGGAAAGACUCACUCCAAGUGCCUGUAGCUGAGUCGGUGUCGUCUCUCCCAAGAUGAAGCUGCUGCUGAUGUGUCUGGGGCUGACUCUGGUCUGUGCCCAUCAUGGAGGAAACCAUGAUGUUGUGACAAGUAACUUCGAUAUGUCAAAGAUUUCAGGGGAGUGGUAUUCCAUUCUCUUGGCCUCAGACGUGAAGGAAAUGAUAGAAGAAAAUGGUAGCAUGAGAGUUUUUGUGGAAUCCAUCCAAGUCUUGGACAACUCUUCCUUGUCAUUUAAAUUUCACAUGAAGGUCAAUGGAGAGUGCACUGAAAUUUCUUUCAUUUGUGAUGAAACAGAAGAAAAGGGUGUAUAUAGUGUUGAAUAUGAUGGAUACAAUACAUUUCACAUAACUGAAGCUGUCUAUGGUGACUAUCUUAUUUUGUAUCUCAGUAAUGUUAAGAAUGAUGAAGAAGCCCAAGUGAUGGAGUUCUAUGGUAGAGUAUUUUUAUGUGGAUAUUCACCUUAG